GCAGAGCCUUCAGCUUCCAAACCAAAGGCAAGGGAAGCAUUAGCAUUAGCAGCCUGCGGGGAGGAUCGCUGCUCUGCACAGAGCUAAUGGUAAUGAAGAAGUGUUCUACCUAGUUUGCAGCUGGUCCAAGUGUCUUUAAAAUGCCGCCUCCAUCAGAUAUCGUGAAGGUGGCUAUCGAAUGGCCAGGAGCCUUCCCCCGCCUUAUGGAAAUAGAUCAAAAAAAGCCAUUAUCUUCAAUAAUCAAAGAAGUCAGUGAUGGCUGGUCCAUCCAGAGUCAUGAAAACUAUGCACUUCAGCAUGCAGAUGGGUCUGGAUUUUAUAUCACAGAAAAAAAUCGUAAUGAAAUAAAAAACGGGGCAAUUCUGAGACUGACGGCAUCACCAGCUCACAAUGCUCAACAACUACAUGAGCGUAUCCAGUCAUCCAGCAUGGACGCCAAGCUAGAAGCACUGAAGGAUCUAGCGAAAUUCUCAAGAGAUAUCACAUUUGCACAGGAGUUUAUAAACCUAGACGGCAUCUACCUGCUCACACAGAUGGUGGAGAGUGGCACAGAACGAUAUCAGAAAUUGCAGAAGAUAAUGAAGCCCUGUUUUGGAGAAAUGCUGUCCUUUACGUUGACUGCAUUUGUUGAGUUGAUGGAUCAUGGCAUUGUAUCAUGGGACACCUUCUCUGUUCCUUUUAUUAAAAAGAUCGCCAGUUAUGUGAACAAGUCUGCAAUGGACAUCUCCAUCCUUCAGAGAUCGUUGGCAAUCCUUGAGUCCAUGGUUCUUAAUAGUCACGAUUUGUAUCAAAAAGUUGCACAGGAGAUCACUAUUGGGCAAUUAAUUCCACAUCUUCAAGGGACAGACCAGGAGAUUCAGACCUACACAGUUGCUGUGAUCAACGCACUUUUUCUGAAAGCCCCAGAUGAUAAGAGACAGGAAAUGGCAAAUAUCUUGGCGCAGAAGCAACUCCGCUCGAUCAUCUUAACCCAUGUCAUCAGAGCACAGAGGGGCAUCAAUAACGAAAUGGCCCACCAGCUAUAUGUAUUACAAGUACUUACUUUCAACCUGUUGGAAGACAGAAUGAUGACUAAAAUGGACCCUCAGGAUCAGGCACAAAGAGAUAUCAUAUUUGAGUUACGCAGAAUCGCUUUUGAUGUGGAGCCGGAACAAAACAAUAUUGGAGGCAGUAUCGAGAAACGAAAAUCCAUGUACACCAGGGAUUACAAAAAGCUUGGAUUCACUAAUAAUGUAAAUCCUGCCCUGGAUUUUACCCAGACUCCUCCAGGAAUGCUGGCCCUUGACAACAUGCUGUACUUUGCCAAGCAUCACCAGGAUGCCUAUAUCAGGAUUGUCCUGGAAAAUAGCAGUCGAGAAGAUAAACAUGAGUGUCCUUUUGGUCGAAGUAGUAUUGAGCUUACCAAGAUGCUGUGUGAAAUCCUCAAAGUCGGAGAGCUGCCUAGUGAAACCUGUAACGAUUUUCACCCAAUGUUCUUCACCCACGACCGAGCCUUUGAGGAGUUUUUUUGUAUCUGCAUCCAGCUGCUGAACAAGACCUGGAAGGAAAUGAGAGCAACGUCUGAAGACUUCAACAAAGUCAUGCAGGUGGUAAAGGAGCAGAUCAUGAGAGCUCUCACAAACAAGCCCAGUUCUCUGGACCAGUUCAAAUGUAGACUUCAAAACCUCAGUUACACUGAAAUCUUGAAAAUACGUCAGUCAGAGAGAAUGAAUCAAGAGGAUUUUCAGUCUCGACCAAUCUUGGAGCUUAAAGAAAAAAUACAGCCAGAAAUUUUGGAGCUCAUAAAGCAGCAACGCCUCAACCGCCUUGUCGAAGGAACCUGCUUUAGGAAGCAUUAUAACCGAAGACGACAAGAUAAGUUUAGGUAUUGUCGGCUGUCACCAAAUCACAAAGUAUUACACUAUGGAGAUUUGGAGGAGAGUCCCCAAGGAGAAGUACCGCAUGAUUCUUUGCAAGAGAAAUUGCCUGUAGCAGACAUUAAAGCAAUUCUGACGGGAAAGGACUGUCUACACGUAAAAGAAAAGGGAGCCAAGCAGAACAAGGAGGUUCUCGAGUUGGCUUUUUCUAUAAUGUAUGACUCCAACUGCCAAUUAGAUUUCAUAGCUCCAGACAAACACGAGUACUGUAUCUGGACUGAUGGCUUAAAUGCAUUACUUGGGAAGGAUAUGAUCAGUGACCUAACACGGAAUGAUUUGGACACACUAUUAAGCAUGGAGAUAAAGCUUCGUCUUCUAGACCUGGAAAAUAUACAGAUUCCCGAUGCACCUCCACCUAUCCCAAAGGAACCUAGCAAUUAUGAUUUUGUUUAUGAUUGCAACUGAGAUCUUUACCCUGAUUCUUCUGUGUCAACUGGAAUUCCGCUAACUGGAGAAAUUUCAAAACAAGAAAAUAAUAAAAAAAAAAUCAAAGUUGUAUUAAUUGAACAUGUCAUGCUCCAAUCACCUCUUCUGAAGUCUUUUCUUCAUGUAUCAACUAAUUUUGCAAUUGGAUGAUACAGCUGCCACUGCUGUACGAGUCGAAAGGCAAACAGUCUACCAAAAAGCUCCAGAUACGAUCUGCUUAUAUUCCCGUUGCUUCCAACCACAAUAAUGUAACACAUCUGUGAUAAGCGCUUUGUGGAUACUUUAUAAUAAUAUUGUUGGACUGAGGAAAUAAAUAGACUGUCAAUGCUGCUGUGUGGUCUGGCCUCAAACCGAAGAGGAGCCAAAUACAGUUACUAAUAUAUAAAAAAAAAAAACUGCUUUUAUGGCUUUGCAUAAUUCUUCCUCAUUCAUAUUGCAGUCAUGGACUUUACUUUGACUAAAGGCAGACCUGACCUUACUUUGUAAAGCAUUGUAUUUCUCCUAAAGACCCUAUUUUUAUGUACUGCUCAAAAGUUGAAACACAGACCUCACUGUCUUUUGUGUAUUUAUGUAUUUCUCCUGGCUGGAGAAAUCCCAGGAGUUGGAUAUCCUUGGCACUUAAUAUUUUACCGACUGUGCCCGACUUUUGUGCUAUUUUAUAUCGAUCGCUAUGAAUGCAUAACUUCCUAGGUCCUAAAAAGGUUUGACUGGCUCAUGCAACUUUGCUUCUGGCUCACAAACCCAACAGAGGUUUGUCCAGCCUUGUGUAUCCAUAUAUAAUAUAUACAUACAUUUAUAUACACACAUAAGUCAUGCUGCCAUGUACGUUUGCUCACAAAAAAUAACGAAAUGGUCGUGUUUAAAACUCAAGACGCAGUGAAACCUUUCUGUUGAAGUUUGUUGUGCAUAUACUACUUACUGUGUUGGCAUUCCAAGUUUAAACCUAAUGUAGAAAGCAAUAGUGAGAUAAUACCUUUUCCUGCCCUCUGGAACGUUAAAAUUAUAAGUAUUCAUCAUAUCUUUUGUGUUUUGAUCAACAGCACUGUAUCGGCACAGCCAACAUUGUAUCUAACACUCUAAUUUCCUGCAAUAUCAAAAAUUCUGUCUAGUAAAAAUCCACGUGGAA